AUGGCGUACCCACUUAUAAGAUGUAGUAAAGAUGUCUGUUAUUUCCUUAUAAAGUCAUUCCAAGUGGAUCACAUAGAGAUAUCACAGCGUCAUGGUGUAUGGGCGACUACAUCUCGUAAUGAGAAGACUUUAAGUCAGAGUUUCCGGACGCAUCGAUAUGUAGUUUUGGUGUUCAGUGUAAAUGGGUCUGGUAAAUUCUAUGGCUAUGGAAUCAUGACUAGUGAGCCAGGGAAGGCUUCAGGAGCAUAUUUUGGUCGUGGCGGAUUUAAUGGAAAACUGUUCAAUUUAGAAUGGAUAAGUAAAUUGGAGUUACCAUUUCGUUUGUUCGAUAACCUUACAAAUAGUUUGAAUGAUUACAAGCAAGUAAAAGUAGGUCGUGAUGGACAACCGUUGUCGUUAGAAUGUGGUCAUCAACUACUAGAUAUAUACCAACAAGUUAUUGAGGAACAAAAUUCUGUUGGUCAAAUAUCUGUUGGUCACUCUAAUGUUAAAGAACCUUCUUCUUGCGGUGUUGCUGGUGCCUGGAUGUUACCUGAAACACCUGCUUGUGACUGGAAUAGUAUUGUCCUUGUUGCAAAUCCAUUGCUAGCUAUAUACCCUUUAGACUUAACCAAAUUCAACUAUACUGGAUACUUAGAAGCAUAUGAAGCAUCACAAGACUACUUACAAAAUAAUAAUAUGCCUCCCCCACCUAUCUCCAACUAUACCGACUGGUCCGCUCAGGCACCCGAACAUUUCAUGCAGCUACUCAUGAACUCCCAGCAUAAAAUUACCUAG